GGUGAUUGUUGGCCAUGGAAGUUUUUGGGUCAGAGAAAGAGUCUUUGGAGAAGAUGGAGAAAAUUGUAUGGUAGAUGGUGAAGAUGCUUUUGGGUUGAGAUCGGAACCCUUAAUGGUGGAAGAUGACAAAAAGUGGUACAUCAUUCUGCAACAAAGAUUUAAGCCACAAAGGCCCCUCAAGCCGAAUGGUAGGACCAACACAAGUUUACCCAUGCUUUGCUAACAAUGCUCAUUAGUUAAGUUUAAGCAACAUUCUUAUUUUUAGCUAAACAUUUGGUUAUCAGUUUGAAAAGCAAUUAGGCUAUUACUAAAUCAUUCAUAUUUAUAAAUUAUUAGUUAGAAGGCAGAGGCUUGUUAUUAGAUAUGCUUAAUGUGUCAAAUACAAUGGAACAUGGCAUGUAGAGGUUUGUUUAUUAAAUGAAAUUCUUCCCUUUAGAAAAACCUUAAGUUAUCGGAUAAUUCAUGCAGCUAGUUAGAAAAUGCACCAACCUUGUAAACCAAACCUAAAGAAACGCCAAUGAAUGGUUGCUAUAAUUAAAUUGGGCAAUCAAUGCGAUAAGACAUUUUGCGUUUAUCUCUUCAACCAUUACUCUCUAACAAACCACCUAUAAUCCUAACGUCCUGGAAACAAGCACACAAAAUUAACAUGCAGAAAAAAAAAAAAAAAAAAGACGGAGAAAAUCUCAUCUUCUUCCUCUGUUUUUCCUGCCUCUGUUCCUCUACAUUCCACGAAAAUUUUUGAAUCUUUGGCUAUUGGUGGACCAAAAACAGACUUGCAUUGCUCGUAACAAUCCAGUUCAACACCAACAAAUCAAUUUUUCUUGUUCAUCUUCGCGUACAAGAGGCAUUUUGGCUCUGUUCUUUUUCCUCUGUUUUCUCACGUCUGUCCUUCCCAUCAGAUCUCAGUUCUUGCGGUCUCCCUCAAAUUUCCUGGAAGGGUUUAUCCCUUUGAGAUAUGAAAAUCAAUACCCAUAUCUUAUUUUCUCUGAUUUUGUUAUCUUUUUCAUUAAAUAUUGUUCAUGUUCUUAGCCAAAACUCCUCUGAAUCAGGUUCUGUUUCUUAUAUCCUUUCAUGUGGAUCUUCAAGUGGUGGCACAGAUUUUGAUGGCAUGAAAUGGAUUUCUGAUUCCAGUUUUCUAACAUCUAAUAAUACCAUAUCAGCUACAGCCCAAUACCAAGACCCUUCAUUGCCUUCCCAAGUCCCUUACAUGACCGCAAGAAUUUUCAACUCUGAAGCCUCAUUCAAAUUCUCUGUUCCACCAAAGCAGCGCCUUUGGGUCAGACUCCAUUUUUAUCCAUCUUCUUAUGGAGUUCAUGAUUCUGCCAAUUCAUAUUUCUCUGUCAUUGCAAAUGGCUUUACUCUGCUUAACAAUUUCAGUGCCUACAUUAUAGACAAAGCACUCACACAGGCCUAUAUCGUUAGAGAAUUCUCUCUCACUCCUGUUCAAUCUGGCAGUCUUAGUAUCACCUUCAAACCUUCUACACAAUAUGCUGGUUCAUUUGCAUUUGUCAAUGGCAUUGUCAUAGUUCCAAUGGAGGAUAUAUUUCACGCUACAACAUUGGUGGGAUUCACUGACCAAUCCAUUGAUGUCCACAACUCUUCGGUGCAAACCAUGCUUAGGCUCAAUGUUGGUGGACAGUAUAUUCCAGCAUCCAAGGAUUCUGGUUACACCAGGACAUGGUACGACGAUUCUCCUUACUUAUUUGGUGCUGCAUUUGGAGUUACCUUUGAGGCUGAUAAGAAUCUUACUAUUCGAUUUCCUCCGAGUGUCCCUGAGUAUAUUGCACCUCUCAGUGUAUACAGCACAGCUAGAACAAUGGGGCCUAAUCCAAACAUUAAUCAGAAUUAUAAUCUCACAUGGGUUUUUCAGGUUGAUGCAAAUUUUACAUAUAUUGUUAGGUUUCAUUUCUGUGAGCUUCAACUUAACAAGAUAAAUCAGAGAGUGUUUGAUAUUUUUCUCAACAACCAAACAGCACAACAAUCUGCAGAUGUGAUUGCUUGGGCAGGGUCCAAAGCAGUGCCUGUAUAUAAGGAUUAUGCCAUUUUUGUUGGUGAUGAAGAAUUAUGGGUGGCGCUUCACCCAUCAGUGUCUAUGAAACCUGAAUACUAUGAUGCAGUUCUUAAUGGACUAGAGAUCUUCAAGCUAAAUGACACAGAUGGGAACUUGGCAGGGCCGAAUCCGACCCCAUCGGAUAUGCUCCUUGAGGCUGAGUCAGUGAGUAAAUUUUCUCAUUCAGAAUCUGAUAAUUUUAGCAAGGUGAUUGGUGGAGUUGCUUGUGGUGCUGCUGGUAUUGUCAUAAUUGCUGCUAUAUGCUUUUUCGUCUACCAAAAGAAGAAGAAGAAUGCAGAGGGAUCAGAGUCCAGGAAUGGCAGUUGGUUGCCAUUAUAUAAUAGUUCCAAUGCAACAACAAAUUCUGGUAAGAGUGCUAGAAGUAGCAAUCUUACCAAUCUGGGAGCCGGUCUAUGCAGGCAUUUUUCGUUAGCUGAGAUUAAAAACGGUACUAAGAACUUCGAUGAAUCACAAGUUAUUGGUGUUGGUGGAUUUGGAAAGGUUUAUGAAGGCAUUAUUGAUGGAGGGACUAAGGUAGCAAUAAAAAGGUCAAAUCCAUCUUCAGACCAAGGAGUUCAUGAAUUCCAAACUGAAAUCGAGAUGCUUUCGAAGCUUAGGCACAAACACUUGGUCUCUUUGAUUGGAUUCUGCGAAGAAGAAGGUGAGAUGAUUCUUGUUUAUGAUUUCAUGGCAAAGGGAACUCUAAGAGAGCAUCUAUAUAAUAGCAAUUUACCUCCAUUGCCAUGGAAACAAAGGUUGGAGAUAUGCAUUGGAGCUGCAAGAGGAUUGCAUUACCUUCAUACCGGUGCUAGACACACCAUCAUUCAUAGAGAUGUGAAAACGACAAACAUUUUGUUGGAUGAUAAUUGGGUAGCAAAAGUUUCGGAUUUCGGCCUAUCAAAAACAGGUCCUAAUCUGCACCAAACCCAUGUUAGUACAAUGGUUAAAGGAAGUUUUGGAUACUUGGAUCCCGAGUAUUUUCGCAGGCAACAAUUGACAGAGAAAUCUGAUGUCUACUCAUUUGGGGUAGUUCUGUUUGAAGUAUUGUGUGCAAGGCCGGCUGUUGAUCCUAGCUUGCCAAAGGAACAAAUUAGUCUUGCAGAUUGGGCUUCAGAUUGUGGAAAGAAUGGAAUUCUUGAGGAAAUAAUUGAUCCACAUCUCAAGGGUAAGAUCAGUUCUCAGUGUUUGAAGAAGUAUGCAGACACAGCUGAGAAGUGUUUGCUUGAUCAAGGACUUGAUCGUCCUUCAAUGGGAGAUGUGCUUUGGAACCUUGAAUUUGCACUCCAACUUCAUGAGCAUCCUAAUGGAAGUGUUACUGAAGAAGAAAUGAAGGGAGCUAGUAUCUAUGAUAUGCAUAAUGUCAUGGUAACCAUUGAGGAGGAAAGUGCUGCUAGUGAAGAAACAGAUGAAUUAAACAACAGAGAAGUUUUUUCACAGCUAGUCAAUCCAAGUGGAAGAUGAGCAUUCAGUAGGGCAUUCAUUCUACUUUUACUUUAGGUUUCUUUUCUGUUUCCUUUUCUUAUGGCUAUUAGUUUAUGAUUAGUUGGUUUUGAUCCUUAUGCCUUUUCUUAGUUUUUCUUUCUUUCUUAUUCCUUUUUCACAUUCUGUUUCAUUAGGGAAUUGUACAUUAUAUAGUUGAAAAAACCUAUAAGGGACUUAAUUCUUGUAUCCACUACCUAAUUCGAAAAUUGCUGUUAGCUCUAGUCUUCAUAUGCUAUAAAAGAAUAUUUAAAUAAGCAUGUGCACAUAUGCACUCAAAGUUUGCUUAUUUUUUAU